AAUCUCAUUCGCUCUCUCUCUCUCUUCUCUCUUCUCUCUUUCUUCUUCGUUCUCUCUCGCUAUCUUGGCUCAAUCGAUCUCUUUCCAAUGGGGAUCUCUACAGAGACGCACCAAAACGCGGCGUUAGAGGCUGCACAAAAGAGAUGGACUACAAGCGAUUUCGACGUUGGGAAGCCUCUUGGUAGAGGAAAGUUUGGCCAUGUUUAUCUAGCAAGAGAGAAGCGGAGCAAUCACAUUGUGGCUUUAAAGGUUCUUUUCAAGACGCAGCUUCAACAAUCUCAAGUUGAGCACCAGCUUCGAAGAGAAGUUGAGAUUCAGUCACAUCUUCGGCAUCCUAAUAUUCUAAGGCUCUAUGGUUACUUCUAUGAUCAGAAAAGAGUGUAUUUGAUUUUAGAGUAUGCAGCUAGAGGUGAGCUUUAUAAAGAGCUACAAAAAUGCAAGUACUUCAGCGAACGUCGAGCAGCAACUUAUGUUGCAUCAUUGGCAAGAGCGCUCAUCUAUUGCCAUGGAAAGCACGUAAUACACAGAGAUAUAAAGCCAGAGAAUCUAUUGAUUGGUGCUCAGGGUGAGCUAAAGAUUGCAGAUUUUGGAUGGUCUGUGCACACAUUCAACCGUAGAAGGACCAUGUGUGGCACUCUGGAUUACCUUCCACCUGAGAUGGUGGAAAGUGUAGAACACGAUGCAAGUGUCGAUAUAUGGAGCCUAGGAAUUCUCUGCUAUGAAUUUCUUUAUGGUGUUCCUCCUUUUGAGGCCAGGGAGCAUUCAGAGACAUACAAAAGGAUUGUCCAAGUGGAUCUCAAGUUCCCUCCCAAACCUAUUGUGUCUUCACAUGCAAAAGACCUGAUUAGCCAGAUGCUGGUUAAGGAGUCUAGUAAACGGUUGGCCUUGCACAAGCUUCUUGAGCACCCAUGGAUUGUGCAAAACGCAGAUCCGUCAGCCCUAUACAGAGGUUGAAGACUUCAUGCUCUUCCAUGCAGAUUAGAAAAGACUGCAUUCUUGGCACCAAUUACUAAAAAAGAAUCUGACAAAUUCAUAGUCUAUAUAGAAUCUAGCUGUGUUGCAUAGUAUUUGUACUGUAUUCUUCGACAAAGUUUCUAUAGCAACAAGAUUCGUGUAACUUGACACCAAUUAGUUUCGAAUCUUAUAUCACUUUCAAAGAAAUAUUUUGAAGUUA